CGUCAACGAGAACUCCGCCGAGCUCCAAUGUACACAACCUGCGCGGUUUAUUCGUCGUCAAGAAGAUAAAAUGUGAAUUGUACGCUUGAUUUUACCCAAUAUAGCUGAAUGUCCCGCGUAUAUGUAUAGAUGAAGCAGAGCAAGGAUGCCGGCGAAACUCCAGUUUAGAGUGGUGCAUGUGUCGGGUCAGGAUGACAGUUACCGGGCCACGGAACUCAACAGCCACGGUCCCCUCACUAAGGGAUGGCAGUCUUCAAGGUACUGCUUGUAUCCACAAGAUAUUGUCAUUCAGCUGGAGAAGAGAUCUCGACUCCGCAAAAUACAGAUCCUGUCUCACCAGUACCUUAUAGCUACCAAGAUAGAGUUCUACGUGGGCGAUGUCCCUGAUGGAGUGCCACUGUCAUUGGACACAGCUCGAUACACCAGACUCGGGUAUGUGUCUCUGUCGGACAAUGAGAAGACUGGUUACAAGGCUCGGGAACUCAAGUCUGUCCAUGUGGAUGCUGUAGGGGUGUAUCUGAAACUCAACAUCCACAAGAACCACGUCAACAAGUUUAAUUUGUAUAACCAGGUUGGCGUUAUUGCAAUCAAUGUGAUAGGGGAUCCACUGACGAAGUCCUACGACCCCUCCGACCCGGAGUACCUGCUUGAUGUAAGUGAUAAUCGGACGCAAGAUAAAGACCCUGCAUUAGAAGGUUUCUUUAACAGACCGGAAUACAUCUCGCCUCUGGAUGACCUCGCCUUUGACAUGUACCAGGACCCCGAGAUCGCUCAGAUCAUCCGCCGGCUGGAGCGCAAGAAACAGGAAGCUGUGUUACAGGAGCGUUACGACUAUGCAAAGAGGUUAAAAUUUGCAAUAGCUGAACUUCAAAAGGUGGGCGAGAAGCUGGGUAAGAUGGAGGUUGAGAAACGGCAGGCGGUGGAGAACGAGGACUAUGACAAGGCCAAGGUGAAGAAGCUGCAGAUGGACGAAUACCGCCUCCAUAUUUACAGGGACCUGAAUCUCACCGACUUGCUGGAAACCACUGGGUCAAGGCAUCCACAUCCAAUAAACUUUGACUCUGAACGGCAGCCGACUCCUCCACGACUGGCAGAAAUCCAUCGAUCGCCUCGAUCACCUCCACUGACACCACCUAAGUAUGACGAGAGACCACUACCUAUAACCCACAGGCAGCCCUCCCCCAAACCUGACCUUGAACCUGACCCUGACCCUGACCCUGAGUCGUCUCAGCUUCGGGCCUAUGAUGAACGACCCCUGCCAAUACACAAACCUCCACCAGUAGUGGAAGAAGAGAUAGAGCCGGAGCCAGAAAUGGCAGCAGGAGAACCAGAACCCAUGACAGAGAAGGACAUUCGAGACGCAUCAUCCGCUAUUGAUGUGUUUGGACACCCACUGGUGUCGAAAGCUUAUUCCAAGACCUGGUCGUACCGAGAAGACUCCCUGCUUGCCGUGUACAAACAGAUGCAGGCCUUGCCAUCCUCCACACCAAAGGAGGACGCCAAGGCCAUGAUGAGGGCAGCUAUUUUCCUCGCCAAGAGAGCAAUCGAUGACAAAGUUUAUGCAGUAUUCAAGGCAGCUCUACAGUUGGAGAAAAUGAUCUUAACAGAAUAUGUGCCACAACACAAAAUACCUCGUCAGGAGACGAUUUCUGCUGUAGAGAGGACAAUCCCCAAUCUGCUGCAUAAAUCUGGGGAUACUGCUGUACGGAACCGAGAAGACACUAAGAAGUUUCUCCAAGAUUUGUCCAACUUCCCAGAAGUUAGGCCAACCAACGUCGUACCUCAUGAGUGUGUGAAGCUCUUCAAACCCAACAUGGCGCCCCGACUGGCUCAGAGUAGGCUGGAGAUAGUGGAGACUCUCUACAAGGACCUGGGUCUCUCUACAGGUGGGCUUAACGUGGACAACCUAAUGCCAUUUUGUGUGGAAGCCUUGAACCACAAUGCAGGAGAGGUGCGAGAGGUCUCUGAGAGAAUCAUCAAAAGCCUGUACCGUGAAGUCGGCGCCCCCGUCAAGGACUUCCUUCCUCCUGAUGAUGAAAAGACGCGGAAGAACACACUAUGGCGGCAGUUGUUUGAAUAUUUUGACAAAGUGGACGGCAAGCCCAGUAAAUCUGAACUGAAGAAACAGAAGGGCGAGGACGAGGCCAAGAAGCAGGCUGAGAUAGAAGCUCUACAGAAGCAGCUGCAGCAGCUGAAGGACAUGGCGGCGGGAAAAACGAAGAAAUUACAGACAAUGGGAGAUGCUGAGGAAAAACCCAUCGACCAGUCCAUGGUGAAAGGUGGCAAGAAAGGACCAGGUCCUGCAAAGGCAAAGGUGAAACCCAAGACAAAGGCGUUACAGAAGACGUCCGAAGAUGACGACAUGUCCGUAGUCAACAUGGAUAAGGUGUGUAUAUUCUGUGGUGAGAGGAAUGAAGGUUUCGAUGAUGAGGGCUUGGACCUUCAUUAUUGGAAGAACUGCCCCAUGCUGAAGAGAUGUGCGAACUGUAAACAGGUUGUGGAGAUCGCCAGCCUCACUGACCACCUGUUGAGUGAAUGUGAGUCCCACGGCAUGUUCUCCAAGUGUCCUCGCUGCUCCGAGGCUAUACUCAAGGAGGAUUAUGAUCAACACAUUCAGGAGAAAGCUUGCAAUCCUGGCAAGCCACAGAUGAGCCAUUGUCCACUCUGUCACCAAAACAUCCACAUUGGAGAAGAUGGUUGGAAGGAACAUUUAAUGGGGCAGAAUGGUUGUAAACAGAACCCCCGUAGACUGCUAGCUCUCAACAAACAACCAGCACAAUCCAGAUUACCUGCACCCAAGUCCAGAGUGCCAACCAAGACCAACAAGACCGGUCGCAGAUGAGCUGAUGAUGUCCGGAGUUGUGUUCAGUUAUUAAUGGUUGUCAGUAAUAGCAAUUAUAGUGAAAUGAACCGGAAAGUAAAUUACCUUCAAACAGUGAGUUUUGAUAAGUUAAAUUUUGCAAUGUCAGAAAUCUAAUUCUGAGUACACCUUUCAUUCCAGUAAAUCAUGCAGUUCCUGUAUUCCUAAAAUGGUCCCUAUACUCCCUUGUUUAAUUGAUGAAUGCUGCUUUUCAUAUUGUUUACCUACCUCCACUCCAGGGCAGUUGGGUAGCCUAGUGGUUAAAGUGUUCGCUCGUCACUCCUGCGAAGACCCGGGUUCGAUUCCCCACAUGGGUACAAUGAGUGAAGCCCAUUUCUGGUGUCCCCCGCCGUGAUAUUGCUAAAAGCGGCGUAAAACUAAAGACACUUACUUACUAGCCUCCGAGGAUAUGAAGCGGAGGAGCUAAGUCAUAUCUUGUGGUUAGUAGCUUGUGUGUAUUUAGUCCAAAUAGCUAGCUUGAAAUCUCAUCUUAGAAUACACUUUAUAGAUUAACUUAUAGACAUCCAUGCUGCCAAUUCCUAAGUGUCAAAAUUGUAUGGAUAUAUUGGACAUACUGAAUAUGAAAUAUAUAAAUAUUUUUUGGGAUAUUUUUAUGAAAUUGUGUGCUAGGUCUCCCCAUAAUAAAUACCCCAAAAAUAUUCAUGAUUAUUUUCUCAGUGUGACAAAUUGGUACGGUGAACAAAUCGUUGGCUGUGUUUCAUUCAAGUUACAUACUGUCAACUGAAGUCUAUUUGAAGUUACGUUUGUUUCUGUGAAAAUAGAAAGCAUGUUUGGGAUCAGAAGUAAUUUGAAAAUGUCCUUUGACUUUUUAAGCGUGACAUCCAAUUUCGUCCAAUGUUAACCUGACAACUGUCUAGGUUUCUUGAGGGAAAAACAGUGUCUAGGAGAAUAUUAUGCACCCCUUUUUACACAGCUGUAAUUUCUGUAAAAAGGGAAAUUUUUAGCGAAAUGGUAUCGGACCAUUGCGCAAACUUUCCAUCUCCCUCUGAACUGCUAUAAAUGUUACUCUUGGAUUGGUUUCAACAUUGCGGUGGUAUCUUAUGGAACUGGGUGCUUAGUAGGGUGAAUCUGGUACCUUUACAGUUGAACAAUGCAAGAAUUUUACCAUAUUUUUGUAUGUACAUUGGCAGCAAAUCCGUACAAAUUUGGAUUGCUGAUUAGCAGUAUAAUAGUACAUUUAGCUUUUUUGCUAAUUAUCAAAUUGUGGUUUUCGGUUCAUUAUAUUUAAGUUGUAAUCUUCCACAUUAGUUCUGUGAUAGGUUCUAAAUACUUUUGAAUGUGCUUGUUAUGCAAAUAUAUAUACCUACAUUAUUCAUGCUGUCAGAUAAAAUAUAUAUACCUUCAUUAUUCAUGAUGUACAUAGCUGAUGUAAAUACAAGCUGUAUAUAUACAUACCACGCCCAUCCAGGGAAGGACCAACAUCUAUGGUGGGUUCUCCGAUCUGUGGCAUGGUGCUGUCUAUAGUAUUGAUGGUUGAUGUGAUGGUGCCGACUAUUGGUAUGGUCGACUGAUGGAAUGGAAAAGUUGUGUAGAUACUGAGAUGAUUGACCCUGUAUGGACCUGGACAAUAGGUUUGCUCUGUCCCUUCCUUUGUUGUUAGGGGCAGGGGUAGCCUAAUGGUUAAGCGUCUGUUCAUCACGCUGAAGACCUGGGUUUGAUUUCACACUAGUCGGCUUGUCCUACUAUUUAAGUUAUAAGUUAUUAUUCUGUACCUGCUUCAGUUGUUACAGACUAUCAUUCUAUGGCUGCUUGUUAUCUUGUCCACAAACCCACACUCAUUAGUCAAAGGUUAUGGGAGUCUUGAAUCUGGUGAGCUGUCAAUUUAUUGUCUUUUUAGUACCAGCUGCACCUUGCAUCUCACAUAUGUUCUCAGUGUAAUUAUGUUUGAUCACAUUCAGUCAGCUUUUUUCUUUAUGAGAAUUAUGCUUAAGGGAACGUAUGUAUGUAUUUUUAACUGAUGCCUGUAUCUAGUAAUGAGAAUGAAUAUUCCACUGUACAGGUUUAUAAAUUCAUGGGGGCGGUGGGGUAGCCUAGUGGUUAAAGCAUUGGCUUGUCACGCUGAAGACCCGGGUUCAAAUCCCCACAUGGGUACAAUGUGUGAAGCCCAUUUCUGGUGUCCCCCGCCUUGAUGUUGCUGGAAUAUUGCUAAAAGCGGCGUAAAACCAAACUCAGUCAGUCUAAAUUCAUGAAGACAAUUGGAUGUUCAUGCAAUUGUUUCUACCUUAGAGGUCUUGUCAGGGGUGCUGUGAUCCCUCCCCAAUAUAUGAAGGGACGGACCCUCCCCAAUAUACGAAGGGACGGACCCUCCCCUCCCCAAUAUAUGAAGGGACGGACCCUCCCCAAUAUAUGAAGGGACGGACCCUCGCCAUCCCCUCCCCAAUAUGAAGGGACCACUUCAGUGACAAAAAAGACAUUGCAAUGAAAACAUAUAUAGUAAACAGUGUUUGUAAAAAAAUGAAAAGCAUUUCAAGUCAUACUAUAUUGCAAUCAGUAUUGCACUCUUGCCCAUCACACACAAAGUUUUCCAUGUUCUCUUGACAAGACCCCAAAGUCUUUUGUCCUGGUAAUUACAUCUGUUCUCAAAACGUUGUGAGUCGUCGUUUAAAAGCUGUAGUGCAAUUUAGAGUUAUGAGUUAGUUGUUAUGAGGUAUAUAAUCUAUAUUUUCAAGAAAAUAGCAUGGAAAUAAAAUGUUUAUCAAGUAAAA